CUGUAGUUGACGAAGGUAGUGGGCGGAUUCAUCCGGAGCAACCGUUGCUGAGGCUUCAAGAUGGCGGAAGCCCUGACAACUCAAGAGGAGCUGGCUGUGGAGGAGUUCCUGGUCGAGCUGAGGAACAGGGAGCAGCAGAGCGUGGUGCUCGUCUCCCAGAGCACGGCGGUCAAGUUCCUCAUGGCCCGCAAGUUUGACAUCUCCAGAGCCAUCGAACUCUUCCAGGCUUAUAAGAACACCAGAAUCAAAGAGGGGAUUUACAAUAUCAACCCAGACGAGGAACCGCUGCGGUCCGAAUUGUUGAGCGGGAAGUUCACGGUCCUGCCCCGCCGAGACGCUAAGGGGGCCGCCCUGGCUCUGUUCACUGCCCGACUCCACAGGCCCGACCUCACUACCCACAAGUCCGUGCUUCAGGCCAUUAUCUACCAACUGGACAAAGCCAUUGAGAGUGUCCAGACACAACGAGAAGGCCUCGUCUUCAUCUACGACAUGACCAACUCCUCGUACGGGAACUUUGACUACGAGCUGUGCGUGAAGAUUCUCAACCUGCUCAAGGGUGCGUUUCCCGCGCGGCUCAAGUGCGUGUUCAUCGUGUCGUCCCCUCUGUGGUUCCGUGCCCCGUUCGCGGUCCUGCGUCUCUUCGUCCGGGAGAAGCUGAGAGAAAGGGUAUGCACAGUGAAAGCCCCUGAGCUGGCGAGCCAUAUCCCCACAGAGUCCCUGCCGGAGCACCUGGGCGGCACAUCGCCCUACAGCCACGUGGCCUGGAUCCAGUCCUGCGUCAACUCCAGCCAUCAGGGCCCCCUGAGGGAGGGGUCCGGGGGCGACUGCAUGGGCAACCUGCUCCGCUCCUACUCCCUGGAGCAGAGUCCUCCUUCCCCCACCACCACAGCCAACGCCACCGGUCCCAGCUCCAACUGCAGCCCCUCCGACAACGCCAACCUGCGCAACCACUACAACCGCCAGGGCAGGACUAGCGCCGAGCACAAAAUGGCCGCCCGGCACAACUGGAACGGGUCUGCUCCGUCGCAGGGGGGCAGGACUGCGAGGGGCGGUUCGGGGGCCGGGGCCAGGGGUGGGAGGAGCCCCAACGGCAACUGGCCGAGCCGCCGCCCCCCGCCGCAGUCGGACACGCCCCCGGACACGCCCCCGCACGGGAAGGGGGAGGACGAAGAGGAGGAGGAGGGAGGGGCCGCGGAGCUCGGGGAGCGGGGCCGGGGGGAGGGCAGGGCGGAGGAGGAGGAGGACUGCGAGGUGGAGGUGGACGGGGUGCCGCCGUUGCCCCUGAAGUCGGCGCGCCCGGGCGGCGGUCAGGGCCCCUCAGAGGGGGAUGAGCCGUCGGUGCACGUGCCCGAGCCCGGGGGGAUGACGGUGAAGGAGCUGGUGCAGCACGUGAAGAGGAGGAGGAAGAAGGGCAUCUACCAGGAGUACGAGGAGAUCCGCAAGGAGCCGCCCUCCGGAACCUUCAACCACUCCAAGAAGCCUUGCAAUCAGAUUAAGAACAGGUACAGCGACGUCCUCUGCCUCGACCAGUCUCGCGUGAAGCUGAGCUUACCUCAAGACGAAGACGAGAUUGCGGACUCGGAUUACAUCAACGCAAGUUACAUGGAUGGGUACAAGAGAAGCAACGCCUACAUUGCCACUCAGGGGCCUUUGCCGAAAACUUUUGCCGAUUUCUGGUGCAUGGUGUGGGAACAAAGGGUUUUAAUCAUCGUCAUGACGACAAGGGUGGUAGAGCGUGGCAGGGUGAAAUGUGGACAGUACUGGCCGCUGGAGGCUGGGCGUACCGAGGACCACAGGCCCUUCCUGGUCAGGAACACCCACAUCGAGAUGUUCCAGGACUUCAAGAUCUCUCACCUGGAGGUCUGCAACAGUGAGACCGGGGAGCGGAGGGAGGUGGCCCACUACCUGUACAUGAGCUGGCCCGAUUUUGGCGUGCCCAAGUCGGCCUCCGCCAUGCUGGACUUCCGAGCGCAGGUGAAGCAGCACCAGGAGACGGCGUUCCGGGCCAUCGGCAGCGACUGGUCUGGUUCUCCCGGGGGCCCCCCGGUGGUGGUGCACUGCAGUGCAGGAAUCGGAAGGACAGGUACCUUUUGCACUCUGGACAUCUGUCUGUCGCGGCUGGAGGACAUCGGGACGGUGGACGUGAAGCAGACCGUGAGGCGCAUGCGGACGCAGCGGGCCUUCAGCAUCCAGACCUGGGACCAGUACUACUUCUGCUACACGGCCGUCAUCGAGUACGCCCAGCGCCGCGGGCUGCUGGCGCCCGUCGAGUGGUCCGACACCGACCUGGAGACGGACAGCGAAUGACCGGGGGCCUGAGGGGCGGAGCCUCAGACCGGGAGGAACUUGAAAAGGGGCGGGGGCGGAGCCGUAGAAAAGGAGACUCUUUGACUUUUAGGAUCCCGAUUGCUGGAAGGUGGACUGAAAAGGGGGAGUUGGGUUGUCCUUUUGUUUCUGGAGGAAGGGAGCGUAUCUUACGAGCGUUGGUGUUUUAUGUCGAAUUGCACGUGUGGAACGGCGAACUUCGACCCUCAUUAAUACUGCAUCUCCUCUCCCGCCUGUUCUUGAAACACCGUUUUUUUAAUAGAGAUCCGUGUUAAAACGAUGGAAAAUAAAACUUGAAUGUGCUUUAUAAAGAGAAAUUUUGAUUUGACUGUUGGUCCAGUGUUGCUCCAUUUUCGGUCAUUUUUUGAUUUUUUUUUUUGUAUUCUAUAUUUUGUAUUGUUGUUUAAUUUUUUUUGUUCAGAUGUAAACUAACCGUAAAGCCAAAGGGUUUGCCUUGAAUGCUUGGAUUUCCUCUUCAACAUAUGUGACAAAAUAGUGUAUAUUCUUGUAACAUACAUUUAUAUCUUGUGUAUAACUUUUAAGAAAAGCUUGUUUUAAUUUAAUAGACUUAACAUUGUAUAUACUACAUAUGUAUAUAUACAUAUAUGAGCAAAUAGGCAUAUUCUGUUGGGAGAAAAAAAAUGGAUAGAAAUUCAUGCCAGAAUUACAAGUCAGGUCUUGUGACUUUUUUUCUUAAGCGUCUUGAUUGUUAUUUUUCUUGACUAACGUCCAAAAUCGGCCUUAAUCAACUUCAACUCGUCUCUUACACUGCCUCACUGUAUAAAAGAUUAUUUUUAUUUUUUCAGUUCCUCCCUACCUGUGUGAUGUACUCAUUUUCAUUUUAGUUGUUCAUCUGUACUUUUUUCUGACACUACAGCAGCACAGUGUGAGGCCUACACAAAUGCACUGCCUCCCAUUGUAUGUGCCUUCAAGCUUUCUGCAGCACAGUGUACAGUAUAUUCAUGGCUUUGUAGCAGUUGUCCUAACUUGGUAUACAACAUUUUAAUUUUUCGAAUCUCAGGGGUAAACUUCAUUGUUGCUAGUGUCAAAAAAAGGAAACAUUUUCUUGGUUCACCUCUGGCAAUUAUUAUUAUUUUUUUUAAGUAUAGUUUUUAUGUAUUUUAUAUACUGUAUUGUAUCCUAUUCUAUUUAUGUGGCUUUGUAAAACUAUGACAGUAUUCAUAAUUAAUGAUUGUCGGUACGACACUUGAUAAGUAAAACAAACAGAUUUUAAUUUGAUAAAAACAGAGUUGUAAAAACAAAA